GAGUUUUUCAUCAGUAUGUCUGAAACCAUUAAAUAUAAUGAUGAUGAUCACAAAACUGUGUUCCUGAAAACAUUAAAUGAACAACGUUUGGAAGGAGAAUUUUGUGACAUAGCUAUUGUGGUUGAAGAUGUUAAAUUCAGAGCACACAGGUGCGUGCUGGCUGCCUGCAGUACCUAUUUCAAAAAGCUUUUCAAAAAACUGGAAGUUGAUAGUUCAUCAGUAAUAGAAAUAGAUUUUCUCCGUUCUGAUAUUUUUGAGGAAGUUCUCAAUUACAUGUACACUGCAAAGAUUUCUGUUAAGAAGGAGGAUGUAAAUUUGAUGAUGUCGUCAGGCCAGAUUCUUGGUAUUCGAUUUCUGGAUAAACUCUGCUCUCAAAAACGUGAUGUAUCUAGUCCCGAAGAAAACACACAGUCCAAGAGCAAGUACUGUCUAAAAAUAAACCGUCCUAUGGGGGAACCGAAUGAUACCCAGGAUGAUGAGGUGGAAGAAAUUGGAGAUCAUGAUGACAGUCCCUCAGAUGUGACGGUGGAAGGAACUCCGCCAAGUCAGGAAGAUGGAAAAUCACCUACCACUACCCUGAGAGUGCAAGAGGCGAUUCUGAAAGAGUUGGGAAGUGAAGAGGUUCGGAAAGUAAACUGCUAUGGCCAAGAAGUAGAGCCUAUGGAAACAACCGAAUCAAAAGACUUAGGAUCUCAGACCCCUCAGGCUCUGACGUUUAACGAUGGCAUAAGUGAAGUGAAAGAUGAACAGACACCGGGCUGGACCACAGCAGCUGGGGAUAUGAAGUUUGAGUACUUGCUUUACGGUCACAGGGAACAUAUUGUAUGUCAGGCUUGUGGUAAGACAUUUUCUGAUGAAGCACGAUUGAGAAAACAUGAAAAGCUCCACACUGCUGAUAGACCCUUUGUUUGUGAAAUGUGUACAAAGGGCUUUACCACACAAGCUCAUUUGAAAGAGCACCUGAAAAUACACACAGGUUACAAGCCUUACAGUUGCGAGGUGUGUGGAAAGUCUUUUAUUCGUGCUCCGGAUCUAAAAAAGCACGAGAGAGUUCACAGUAAUGAGAGGCCAUUUGCAUGCCAUAUGUGUGAUAAAGCUUUCAAGCACAAGUCCCAUCUCAAAGACCAUGAAAGAAGACACCGAGGGGAGAAGCCUUUUGUCUGCAGUUCCUGCACUAAAGCAUUUGCUAAAGCAUCUGAUCUAAAAAGGCACGAGAACAAUAUGCACAGUGAAAGAAAACAAGUUACUGCAGCCAAUUCCAUCCAAAGUGAAACAGAACAGUUACAGGCAGCAGCUAUGGCUGCGGAAGCAGAGCAGCAAUUAGAAACUAUAGCUUGUAGUUGAAAACUAAACC